CGCGGCGCAGAUAUGCCACGCUGCUGCCUGCCAUUGGCAACCCUCCUGGACUAGGCUGCUUUGGUUAAUCACAUGGAUGUUGCUGGUUACUUUGUGUGGUCAGAGACCUCUUCACGGUCAGUCGGAGAGAGGAGCCUGACCACCGUGCUCUCUCUGGAGAUAUGUGAGUUUUGGAUUUUCCCACAACGAAGGUCAGAAUGCUGCCCCUCCGUCAUGCUCUGGCCGUAGCUGUUGUCCAGAUCUUUAUCUUGUCAGAAAACUGGGCAUUGGCCAAGAAUAUCAACUUCUACAACGUGAGGCCUCCUCUGGACCCUACGCCAUUUCCAAACAGCUUCAAGUGUUUUACCUGUGAAAAUGCAGGAGAUAAUUAUAACUGCAAUCGAUGGGCAGAAGACAAAUGGUGUCCACAAAAUACACAGUACUGUCUGACAGUUCACCACUUUACCAGUCAUGGAAGAAGUACAUCCAUUACCAAAAAAUGUGCCUCCAGAAGUGAAUGUCAUUUUGUUGCCUGCCACCACAGCCGAGAUUCUGAACAUACAGAGUGUAGGUCUUGCUGUGAAGGUAUGAUCUGUAAUGUAGAGUUACCCACCAACCACACGAAUGCGGUCUUUGCCGUGAUGCACGCGCAGAGAACAUCUGGCAGUGGUGCCCCCACACUCUGCCUACCAGUGCUUGCCUGGGUCUUCGUGCUUCUGCUGAUAUGAGGCCACUGUUCCUAGGAGAGGCAGAAACUGCCCCAUGAAGCACCGGCCACGAACUGUGUGAACACAACAUUUGAGCGAAGACCAGUCUCGCACUUGGAGAGUGCAACUUGGACCCCAAAGCAGAAGCCAGUUGUUUGCUGAGCUAAAACACUCCUGCAUCAGG